UUGAACAACAUGGCUGUUCAGUGCUGGUCGGAUCUCUUGAGGGCUGCGAAGAAAACGGCGUUGAUCUCAGAUGGAAAACGGAAAGUGCACUACUUGUUUACAGACGGUACCGAGAUGGCUGAAGAAUAUGACAUGAAGACAGAUGAACUUCUCUCACGUAGGUUGCGCUCUAAGACCACACUCGGAGGACAAGGAGCAUGGCAGGUGGAAGUGGGUGAAACAGUCCCGAACGUCACAGAGACAGGAGAAAUAAAAGAGAACAGCUCAAAUCCUGUGUUUUUACGCAAGGACACCAAGACCAGUUUCCAGUGGAGGGUCCGUAACAUCCCGUACCCCACAGACACCUAUAAGAUCGCAGUGGAACCUCUGGAGCGCUGCUGUAUCGUCCGGACCACAAACAAAAAGUACUACAAGAAGUUCAAUAUUCCAGAUCUUGACCGCUGCCAGCUACCUCUCGAGAACUCAGCCUUGAGCUUCAGUCAUGCCAACAACACUUUAAUCAUCAGCUAUAAGAAGCCCAAAGAGAUUUUAGGCCUGGAACAGGAGCUGAUGAGGGAACUGAAGAAACUGAAGGGGACAAAUGAAGGAGACGUGGACUGUAAAACCCAAUGAACUGGUGUGGACCCUCUCUGUAGCGUUAUGUGCAUCUGUCUGUGGCUUUUUCUUUUCUUUUUUUAAGGGAUUUUGAUUUUUGUUGCUGUUCAGAAGCUUCAUUAUGUGCACAAAGUAUAAAAGCAUCUGGCGUUAUAGUGCAGUUAUUUUGAAGUGAAUGUGAAUUUUAUCUCAUCAAUGAAGUGCAGCAUGUGUACAACUCAACCAGAACGUUAGGUCUAAAAUACAUUUAGGAAAUUUACUUCAGUUUUUUAUGCCAUGUGACAUAUGUUUUUUUUUUUUUUUUGUUUGUUUGUUUUUUUUGUCAUGUUACUCCGUUAAGCUGUAUUACAAUUUUGAUGGAUCAU